AUGGCCGCGCGCCUCGACGAGCCGACGCCCGCGCGACUCCGCCCGCUGGAUCCAUCCCAUGCCGCGGCAGAUAUUGGGGCGGCCUCACCGGUCCUCUCCACCCCCACCAGCAGCUCGGCCAUCUCCACUCCCCCCGCCGCAUGUUUUUUCAACUGUGUAAGCAUAUAUUUACAUUUUGUACACCCGGUGCAACGCAUAGGGCUUUUGCUAGUUCGUUACCAAGUCCCCAACGUUGAUGUUCCUGAUGCUGACGAUGAUGGCAUGGGGAAAGAAUGUGUUAUCUGCUUGACAGAGCCAAGGGACACUGCUGUAUUUCCUUGCAGGCAUUUGUGUAUGUGCAGUGAAUGUGCACAAGCUCUAAGGUUCCAAUCAAAUAAAUGCCCCAUAUGCAGAGAGCCUGUUGAGAAACUAAUGGAGAUCAAAGUUAGGAGUGCUGAGCCAUAA